AUGGAAGGAGUCAACAAUGUUACUGAGUUUAUCUUCCUAGGACUUUCCCAAGAUCCCAGAAUGCAACUGAUUCUCUUUGCCCUCUUCCUCCUCUUCUACAUCGUGAUCAUCGUGGGAAAUCUGCUCAUUUUGCUUACGGUCUUUUCUGAUCCCCGGCUCCACACACCCAUGUAUUUCUUCCUCAGUAACCUGUCCUUUGUGGACGUUGCCUAUUCCUCAGCCAUGGCACCCAAGAUGAUUGAAGACUUUGUUUCUGAGAAAAAGACUAUUUCCUACUGGGGCUGUGUAACUCAGAUGUUUACCUUCCACUUUUUUGGUUGUGCUGAGAUUUUUGUUUUGACUGUCAUGGCUUUUGACCGUUAUGCAGCCAUCUGCCAACCUCUCCAUUAUACCACCAUCAUGAGUGCCAAUGCUUGUAUUGUGCUGGCAUCACUGUCCUGGUUAGGAUCCCUGGGUCAUUCUUUUGUUCAGACCCUCUUGACAUUUCAACUGCCUUUCUGCGAUGCUCAAGUCAUUGACCACUACUUCUGUGAUGUCCACCCAGUCCUAAAACUUGCCUGUGCUGAUACAACCCUGGUAAAUAUGUUGGUGAUUGCCAAUAGUGGUCUCAUCUCUCUGGGGUGUUUCCUCAUUCUUCUGGCCUCCUACACAGUCAUUCUAUUUAUUCUUCGGAAGCGGUCUGCAGAGAGUCGACACAAGGCUCUCUCUACCUGUGGAUCUCAUCUGACUGUAGUAACUUUCUUCUUUCUCCCUUGCAUCUUUAUUUAUCUCCGUCCAUCCACAGCUUUCCCACUGGAUAAGGCUGUGUCUGUGUUCUAUACUACCAUCACCCCAAUGCUAAACCCACUCAUCUAUACUCUGAGAAAUGAGGAUGUAAAGAAUGCCAUGAAACGACUACGGAGUCGCAAGUUCUCUUCUAAGGAAAAGCAAAAGGGAUAG